GGACAAAAUCCGAGAAGACGUCGAGUGACUCAACUUUUUUUUUCAAAUAUACGAUCUUCGGCGUGACGUCACGGUCUUCUGUCCGGACGAACAUGGCGAACAUUAGAUGCGUCAAGGGUAUGGUAGGCCUGGUGACGGGCGGUUCGUCAGGUCUGGGUCGUGCCACCGUUGAACGUCUGGUGCAGAACGGAGCGUCGGCUGUGAUCCUGGACCUGCCCUCCUCUGAUGGAGCGGCUCUGGCUGAGAAACUGGGGGAGCGCUGUGCCUUCGCUCCUGCAGACGUGACAUCAGAGGCAGACGUGCAGUCGGCGGUGUCCCUGGCCAGAGAGAAGUUUGGAAAGCUGGACCUCGCGGUGAACUGUGCCGGCAUCGCUGUCGCCUUUAAAACCUACAACUUCAAGAAGGACUUACCUCACAGCCUGGAGGACUUCCAGCGCGUUAUCAAUGUGAACAUCGCAGGAACCUUCAACGUGAUCCGCCUGGCGGUGGGGGAGAUGGGAAAGAACGAGCCUGACGCGGACGGACACAGGGGCUGCAUCAUCAACACGGCCAGCGUGGCAGCUUUUGACGGACAGGUCGGCCAGGCGGCGUAUUCAGCUUCUAAAGGCGGCAUCGUUGGAAUGACUCUCCCCAUCGCUCGAGAUCUGGCACCCAUGGGCAUCAGGGUCGUCACCAUAGCACCUGGUCUGUUCUCCACCCCCCUCCUGGCCGGUCUUCCAGAGAAGGUCCGCUCCUUUCUCGCCCGACAGGUGCCCUUCCCCUCGCGCCUGGGAGACCCCGCUGAGUUUGCUCACCUGGUGACGUCACUGGCUGAAAACCCCAUGAUUAACGGAGAGGUCAUCAGACUGGACGGAGCCAUUCGCAUGCAGCCCUGA